AGAUUUCCAAAAUAAGCUUUAAAAAGAAAAAAAUCUAAAUUUCUAUGCAAUAAACUUUAUACUUGCAAAUAUAUCUAUAUAUACCCGUAAUUUAUAGUGGUGAAACAAAUUGGAUUAAAUUUUAGAGAAAUGGGUCAGGCGUUUCGUCGAGCAACUGGAAGGAUCGGCAGCUCAGGAGUUGAUACGCCGCCGUCUGCGUCGUCGAGGCUCAAGAAGCCCAUUUUCCAGAACCCACCGGCGGUUCCCGUUAACAAAGUUCCCAGGAAUGACGUUGAUUCUGAGGAUGCAGCAAGAGUGAACGCAGAAAAUGUUCUUGAAGAGCGCGAUUCCGGAUAUGAUGCUAUGCUUAGUCAAAUGGUGGGUAGAAUUCAAUCAAAGCCUGGAGGAAAGCUUGAGAUGGGUGAGGCGUCUUUGGUUGAGAAGUACAAAAGGCCUUUGCCAAAACUAAGGAACAUGACACCGGAUUCUAGCGGAUAUGAGGAGAGGCCUGCUCCUCUCGGAACCCUAAAUGUGGCGCAAAUACGUCAAAUCAUCCUGCUACAUCAAGGCAAGGCUGACGAUCAUGAUGGUCCUAUGGAUAUUCCUCAAAUUGCCAAGAGGUUCAAUGUCGAUGCUGUACAAGUUCAAAGGAUCAUCCAGUUUACAGCACUGCCUCCUGAGGACAGUUUUAAAAGGAAAGACAACCAAUGACCAUAGUAUUCAUAUUUUAGUUUUUCUUUAUGAAUCAGCCUUUUGCACGAGGAAAAUAUGUUGUGGCAAUUUUUUAUUUAUUCAAUGCUGGUAAUUGUGUUGUUUUCGUAGAAAAUCGUGGUUAUACUCA